AUGUCUCUCAUGAAUGCUCCUAAUCAAAAUCUAGCUACCUAUGUUGCAUUUGAUGAUUUACAACUUGGAAUUCAUGCUCAACAUGUUGUUGCUCGUAUUGUUAGAAUGUGGGAAGUUCACACGGAAGUACGUACCGUCACCGACCGUCAUGUAUUUCUCGGCCAUUCACUCCUCCUGCUUGAUGAGAAGAAUUCUGCAACUCAUUGCUUCAUCCCUGCAUCACUAGCUGAAAAAUACAAUGGUAUUUUCAAAGAAGGAAUAAUCUUACAAAUUCAAGGGUUCGAAGUUAGGCCAUGCACUAAACACAACAAAAUCACAGACCAUCCUUUUGUUAUCAAAUUCAACAAUGAAACCACAUUCAUUGUCGAAAAAGAAUCAUGGCUGAAGAUAGCAAAAGAAAAAUUCAGAGUUCACAAUCAUGCUCAUUUGGUUGGUCUUGCCAACACAAAUCUUGCUUUGCCUGAUGUUGUAGGAAAAAUAAUUUCAAUCCAAGGUUCAAACCUUUGUGACCCAACUUCAACAAACCAAAUUGUUGUUAAUUUAUGGCUCCAACCGUAAGUUUCAAAUCUUAUAUUCAAACAUAAUUGUU